AUACUUUCGCCUUAUCGAUAUUCGGCUUUCAUCCGAAAAACCAAGACUAUGGAUAGCGAAUUGCAAUAACUCUGACUCUCACUGGAUACCAUAAGAUCUGAGCAGUCACCGAUACCACCAUGUCCGUGAACGAUACCUACCGAGCGUCCAGUCCAGAGCACGAGCCACAGCUCACUGCAGAAACUACCGUCGAGCAAAUUGCAGAGCUCAAGGAAUCCAUACCCCCCUCCUCUGCACCUGUCAUCGCAAUUGAUCUUGAUGACGUGUUGAGCUCUACCAAUGCUGUCGUAGCGCAAUGGCACAAUGAGACUUAUGGUACCCAAAUGACCACUGAUGAUUUUUACUACUACUUCUACUGGAAGAAUCCAUUUUGGGGAACGCCUUCCACCACGCGCACAAAGGUUAAAGCGUUCUAUACAAGCGGUCGGAUGGCGCAGGCACAGCCCGUACCUGGUGCACGCGAGGGCGUAGAGGCCUUGUGCGCGCUGGGCUAUCGCUUGAUUAUCGUCACAGCUCGGGGUAAAAAUUCCCACGCCGAUAGCUGGGCUUGGGUCGAACGUUGGUUCCCCGGAUGCUUUCAUAGCAUGAUAUGCACUGGCCAGUUUGCGAACGCUGGAAAGCGUGCGACAGAUGAUAUAGACGCCUCGACGAGUGCAAGAAAGGAUCAUGAGGUUGCCACGCAAUUGAGCAAAGCGGAGGUCUGUAUUGACAUCGGAGCCAAAUUACUGAUCGACGACUCGAUUGAAAACGCAUUGGCCUGCGUCUAUCAUAUCCCGUUAGAUGGAGUAACAAAGCCUCCCCCGGUACUCCUUUUCGGCUCAUAUGAGUGGAAUAAGCGACUGUCACUGGCUUCUGACGAGUGCAACGAUAUGGUUUAUGAAGUUCGUUUGCAAAGGGAAGGAGCAAAGUUCCUGGAAGAGGAUGUGAAGCGAGGAGACGAAAUAUUGGAGCAAGCAAACACCCGUCUUUCGGUGCGCAGGGCUGAAGACUGGAGUGAAGUCGUGCGAUAUGUCACGAAGUUGAAGGGCAGCCAUUUGUAGCUUCAUGAACCCUAG